AAAAUAAAGUAGCGGAAGUCCAAAACGAACAAAAACUAAACAAAAUGUCGUGAUAUGCCCAGAUGUUUUGAACGCGGCAGUAGUGACUGGACUGGCUCUUCUUGCUCUACGAGUCUAAACUUGACAUCCAUGAAAGGGGCCUUCCUGUGGGCGUUUCUUGCAACAACCAACGUCCCCAAAGACACAUUCCGCAGCCAGACACACAUGUCACGUGACGGGGAGGUCAAUGAUCCUGACAAGAAAAAUGGCGGAAUUUGAGGAGCUACGGAGCAUGGUGUCAAGUUUCAGAGUGUCAGAGCUACAAGUGUUACUGGGCUUCGCUGGGCGUAACAAGAGUGGUCCCAAGCAUGAGCUCCUUCUGAGGGUCUUGCACCUCCUGAAGAACUCCUCCUGCAGUCCAGCCGUCCAGAUCAAAAUCAAGGAACUUUAUCGACGCCGCUAUCCCAGGACGAUAGACACUUGUCUUACCGACUUGGCUGCAAUUAAGUCUGCGUUCUCCACGGCAGAGGAAGGCGGUGAUGUUACCGUGGUAACCUCUGACCUCAGUGACCUGUCCCCUGACGGCGCCAGUGUCUCCCGGGACUUUGACCUGGCGUCCGAUUCGCUGCUCCUCUCUGGUGAUUCGCUGCUGCUCCACGAGGAGACCAAUAAGGAGCUGAGGAUGAACCUCCAGCAGCCCGCCCCUCUCGUCCCUCCAGUCCACCCAGACGUCCAGAUGAAGUCUCUGCCGUUCUACGACGUGUUGGACAUCCUGGUUAAACCCUCCAGCCUGGGAAGCAGCACUGUUCAGCGAUACCACCAAGAGAAAUACUUCAUCUUCGCCUUGACGCCUCAACAAGUCAGAGAGGUGUGCAUUUCCAGGGACUUCCUACCAGGUGGCAGAAGGGACUACAUGGUUCAGAUACAACUGAGGUUUUGUCUGUCAGAAACAAGUUGUCCCCAAGAAGACAACUACCCCAACAGUCUCUGUAUUAAAGUGAAUGGGAAGCUCUUCCCCUUGCCGGGUUAUGCCCCGCCCCCUAAAAAUGGAGUGGAACAGAAGAGACCGGGAAGACCUCUAAAUAUCACCUCAUUGGUCAGAUUGUCCUCUGCCGUACCCAAUCAGAUCUCUGUAACGUGGGCAGCCGAAAUUGGAAAGACGUACUCCAUGUCGGUGUACCUGGUGAGACAGGUCACCUCGCCUCUACUGCUGCAGAGGCUCAGGAUGAAGGGCAUUAGAAACCCAGACCACUCCAGAGCGCUGAUAAAAGAGAAGCUGACAGCAGACCCCGAUAGUGAGAUUGCCACAACCAGCCUGAGGGUGUCGCUCAUGUGCCCCCUUGGUAAAAUGCGUCUGACUGUGCCGUGUCGAGCUGUCACCUGUUCCCACCUGCAGUGUUUUGACGCAGCCCUCUACCUGCAGAUGAAUGAGAAGAAACCCACCUGGGUCUGUCCUGUCUGUGACAAGAAGGCCCCCUACGAGAGCCUCAUCAUCGAUGGGUUGUUCAUGGAGAUUCUGAACGACUGUUCCGAUGUGGAUGAGAUCAAGUUCCAGGAGGAUGGGACCUGGUGCCCCAUCAGACCAAGGAAAGCCCUCAGUGUGUCCUCAACCUGUAUCCCCAAAAUAGAACGUAAGUCCUCCUCGCGUCCAUGUGCCGUGGUCCCCUCCCACAGCGAGCUCAGCUCAACCAAUAAGAAGGCAGACGUGAUCGACCUGACCCUGGAGAGCUCAUCAGAGGAGGAGGAGGAGGAAGAGGAGCCUGAUCCGCCACUGAAGAAGAGAUGCCUCUACAUGUCCAAGACAGAGGAGGUUCACGCCAAGGGGUGA